AGUGGAACAACUGUUGAGAUUGUGUUCACAGCAUGCGCUCUUUGCUCACAGUAAAAGUAAAUACCCUUAACUGCUUUCUAUACCUUUGGUGCUUGUAGCUAUAAGCGUUGCACAACACUACAUUUUACUUAACAGCCAGCUAGUUGCGGCAAGUACACCGACUGCGCCUUUCAUUUGUUUCUUGCUCUCGAGUUUGAUUUAGUCGAAGGGCUAUGGCAUUCAUUAUCAGAUCAGCUCUCGUGAAAAACAGGAGUUUAUGGCUUCCAGGUCUCAGUGCUGUAAGGGCCAUAUCCUCUCCGGGGGGCCCCACUCCUCCUUUUACCACCCUGUCUGUCAGUCAACCUGCCACUGCUGUCACUCACAUAGAGCUGCACCGGCCAGAGAAACGCAAUGCCAUGAACAAAGCCUUCUGGAGAGAAAUGGUGGAGUGCUUUACACAGAUAGCUGAGGACCCGGAUUGCCGGGUGGUUGUCGUCUCCGGUGCAGGAGACGUCUUCACAGCUGGCAUUGACUUGAUGGACAUGGCCAGUGAAGUCUUGCACCCUGAAGGGGAUGACAUGGCCAGGACUUCCUGGAACAUGCGACGCAUCAUCGCCAAGUACCAGGAAACCUUCAGCGUCAUUGAAAGGUGUCCAAAGCCAGUGGUUGUGGCAGUGCAGGGAGCUUGUAUUGGAGGCGGAGUGGAUCUGAUCACAGCCUGUGAUAUCCGUCUCUGCACUCAAGAUGCCUGGUUUCAGGUGAAGGAAGUAGAUAUUGGCCUAGCAGCUGACGUUGGAACUCUGCAGCGCCUACCUAAAGUCAUUGGGAGCCGGAGCCUGGUGAAUGAGUUGGCUCUGACAGCGAGGAAGAUGUAUGCCGAUGAGGCCAAGGAAAGUGGAUUAGUCAGCCGUGUAUUUCCGGACAAGGUGGCGAUGUUGGCUGGAGCUCUUGAGAUGGCAGGGGAGAUAGCAGGCCGCAGCCCUGUGGCUGUCCAGGGAACCAAGGUCAACCUGAUCUACUCCAGAGACCACAGUGUGGCAGAGGGCCUGAACUACAUGGCAACGUGGAACAUGAGCAUGCUGCAGACGGAGGAUGUCAUGAAGUCAGCUGCAGCCUCCAUGGAGAAGAAGAGUCCUAAAACAAUAACUUUCUCCAAGCUCUGAACCUGAGGAGCAGAAAGAGGCUGAAGUGCAGCUUUUCUUAGGCGAGGGGGAAUGGAUGGAGAGGAUUAUCUACUUACCCUGAAUCAGAUAAACUAGUGGAUACAAUUUGUAUGUCUCUGCGUCCAGUAUUAAGGAAGUUUGAGGUAGUUUUGGGCGUUAGCGAUAGCUUACAUUAACGUUAGUGCUGGAAGUCUUUGCUGUACCCGAACACUUCCAGUGUUUGCGCUCUAGCAUGCUAGCUGUUCCCGAAGACUUCCAGUCUUUGCACUAAGCUAUUUAACGUUGGCUCGUAAAUCUACCUCGUAACUUCCUUCAUACUGGGCGCAGAGACAUGCAAAUAGUAUCCACGAGUUAAUCUGGGUCGGUUGAUAAAUGCCAAACAACUAUCCAUUUAAGCUAAUACGAAAAGGACUUAUUUCGCCUCCUGACUCCAGCAGAUGCAUAUGUUUGUGUGUUGGUGCCUUGUUGUCUGUCAGAAUCACCCAAAGCAGAGCUGUCUGUAAACUAAAGAGUUAGGGGCCUCUCUCUUGCUAGCUCCGCAUGCAGGAUUCAGGUUGGGUACUCUACCAACCAGCCUCACACUUUUGUAAAUCUAUAAAAAUGAUUGCAUCAUAAAACCUUUUUUUAAUUGUAUUUUUAUAAAAGAUGAACUGAGCCUAAGGGCCCUGUUUCAACAUGUUAAGUGUUUGUGCUGAGUUUUAGGCUUUGUGCAUACAAUUCAAUACCUAAAUGUGAAGUGUAUGCAUCUUUCACCAAGCCAAUGCUCAUAGUGUCGAUCUAGUUUGGACCACUGCCACUGUUGAAGGAGAUAUGCCUAUUGCCCAGACUCACUUGCUGCGUCUUGAUUACGCUCAACUGGCGACUUGUUUACUAUAAAUAUGCACAGUGGGCAAUCAGGGAAGCCCGGGGUGGACUAAAAACGUUGGGCACGCCAUAAAAGCAGGCGUUCUCCUCACAUUAAGACGGCAAGGUUUUCCGACCAUAGUGUAGACCUAUAUCAGUAAAGAGGUCGUAGUUGGAGGCCUGAAGAUGCUUCUGUCUCCCAUCCGUUGUAUCAUCCUUCUUCUCCUUGUGAACUUCGUCUAUUCUGGACGAGUUCUGAGGAAGAUCAAGGAGCACGUGCGUAAAAUCCAGUAUGAGAAAGCGAAGAAAAAUGUGCUGAUGAGCGCAGUCAACGGGCAUAAGCCCAUGAGCGAAGUGAGAGACGGGAAAAUUCACCAACCCCUGGACCACUUCGACAGUCAAAACGAUGAAACAUUUCCUCAGAGGUUUUUCGUGAAUGAAGCCUAUUGGGAGCGUCCUCAUGGCCCAGUGUUCCUGUUUAUCGGAGGGGAGGGCCCCAUCUCUGAGUUCAAUGUGCUGGCAGGCCACCAUGUGGACAUGGCUGAGGAGCACGGGGCUCUGCUUGUGGCCCUGGAGCAUCGUUUCUAUGGCGAGAGCAUCAACAAAGAUGGCCUGGAGACUGAGAACCUGGGAGACCUGUCCAGCCAGCAGGCUCUUGCCGACAUUGCAGAAUUCCAUCAAUACAUCAGCGAUCGCUUUGACCUCUCUGACAAGAAUACCUGGAUCAGCUUUGGAGGUUCCUAUGCUGGGGCCUUGUCUGCCUGGCUCAGGGGAAAGUUCCCUCACCUGGUCUACGGUGCUGUGGCCUCCUCUGCUCCUGUCAAAGCCAAACUGGACUUCUCCACCUUCAACAAAGGGGUGGGUCUGAGCCUUGCGGACGAGGACGUUGGAGGUUCAGAUAAGUGUGUGGGGGACAUCUGGGAGGCCUUUGCUGCCGUGGAGGCCGCCCUGUUUGCAGGAAAUGCCACUGAGGUGGGGAAGGACUUUGGGUGCUGUGAGAUCCCUGAGGAUCUGGAGGACCAGAUCGAGGUCAUGCAGAGCCUGGCCGACAUCGUCAUGGGAACCGUGGAGUACAACGAGGAGGGGGGAAUCCUGACUAUUGAGGAGAUCUGUAAAAUAAUGACCAAUGAGACAGAGACCUACGAUUCGGAGACUGAGGCAUACAACCGGCUGAUCAAGCUGGUGCAGAUCUACCGGGCCACAGGCGAGGAGCCCUGUCUGGAUGCGUCCCACAAGCAGACCAUCCAGGACCUGAGUGACACGAAUCUGGACUCUGCCUACAAUGGAGAGAGACAGUGGUACUACCAGACCUGCACUGAGUUCGGCUUCUACCAGACGUGUGAGGACGCCAGCUGUCCCUUCUCCCGCAUGCUGACCCUGCAGGCUCAGACCGACCUGUGUCCUGAGGUGUUCAACAUCCCCCAGCACAGUCUGCCCGGACACAUCGCCUUCACCAACAAGUACUAUGGAGGAGACCACCCCGACACCGACAGGGUGCUCUAUGUCAACGGUGACAUUGACCCCUGGCGUGAGCUCAGCGUUCUGGAAGAAGACUUGGACAAGGAGGACAAAGAUAUGGCCAUCCUCAUCAAGGGCACCUCCCACUGUGCCGACAUGAAUCCCGGCGGCGCUGCAGACCGCCCCGCCCUGAAACAGGCCCGCAAAGCCAUUGAGAGGAAAGUUGCCAAGUGGCUGAAGGAAGCUGCCUGGAAGCUUGUGGGCUGAUGGACCCAACGACAGGUUACCUGAUUAUCUGACCUUCCUGACCAUCACUCAGCCAAUCAAACUUUGGGCAGUGAAUCACAUGGUGCUGUGGACUGAGCCCCUCUUCAUGUUUCUCCCCAUGGGUCAGGUCCUCUAAGGUGGUGUUCUUCUGUUUUUUUCUAACAUUCUUCUACUGUUUUCCUAUUGUUUUUCCUGGUGUUUUCCUAACAUUUUCCUGGUGUUUUUCCUAUGGUUUUUCCUGGUGUUUUCCUAAUGUUUUUCUAGUGUUUCUCCUAUGGUUUUUCCUGGUGUUUUUCCUGGUGUUUUCAUAAUGUUUUCCUGGUGUUUUCCUGGUGUUUUUCCUGGUGUUUUUCCUGGUGUUUUCCUAUUGUUUUUCCUGGUGUUUUCCUAUUGUUUUUCCUGGUGUUUUCCUAUUGUUUUUCCUGGUGUUUUCCUAUUGUUUUUCCUGGUGUUUUCCUAUUGUUUUUCCUGGUGUUUUCCUGGUGUUUUCCUAUUGUUUUUCCUGGUGUUUUCCUAUUGUUUUUCCUGGUGUUUUCCUAUUGUUUUUCCUGGUGUUUUCCUAGUGUUUUUCCUGGUGUUUUCCUAUUGUUUUUCCUGGUGUUUUUCCUGGUGUUUUCCUAUUGUUUUUCCUGGUGUUUUCCUAUUGUUUUUCCUGGUGUUUUCCUAGUGUUUUUCCUGGUGUUUUCCUGGUGUUUUCCUAGUGUUUUUCCUGGUGUUUUUCCUGGUGUUUUUCCUGGUGUUUUCCUAUUGUUUUUCCUGGUGUUUUCCUAGUGUUUUUCCUGGUGUUUUUCCUGGUGUUUUUCCUGGUGUUUUCCUAUUGUUUUUCCUGGUGUUUUUCCUGGUGUUUUCCUAUUGUUUUUCCUGGUGUUUUCCUAGUGUUUUCCUAGUGUUUUUCCUGGUGUUUUUCCUGGUGUUUUCCUGGUGUUUUUCCUGGUGUUUUCCUAUUGUUUUUCCUGGUGUUUUCCUAGUGUUUUUCCUGGUGUUUUUCCUGGUGUUUUUCCUGGUGUUUUCCUAUUGUUUUUCCUGGUGUUUUUCCUGGUGUUUUCCUAUUGUUUUUCCUGGUGUUUUCCUAUUGUUUUUCCUGGUGUUUUCCUAAUGUUUUUCUAGUGUUUUUCUAACGUUCUUCUAGUUUUUACGUUUGUGGUUUUCUAACGUUAGUGUUUUUCCUAACGUUUUUAUAGUGUUUUUCUAACGUUUUCAUAGUGUUUAUUGAACGUUUUUAUAGCGUGCUUGAAUUUACUCCAGUAUAUAAGUUAUAUUUUAAUAGACAGUUUUAGUAAUUUAGGGAAACACUUAUAAUGCUGUACACAGUAUUUAAGUUUCCUAACUACGUACUGGUAGCGUAUAGCUAACCAGAGAGUCUCAGUAUAAGACGACUUUAACAUCAUGGAGUGUUCUAAGGUUUACAGACUGUUCACACAUUUUCCUUUGUCUGGAUUCAGUGAAGUUAUCUCAGACAAAACAUUAUCUGAAUGUGUGCUGGAUUCCUUUGUAGCUUGUGUGGAUCUUUUUAGGAGGAGUUCAUUUGAUUUAUUCCUGCAAGUUGGAAAAGUAUCAUCAAUAAAAGUUUGCUGAUAA